AUGGAGGCGAGCGCGCGCUGCUCUUCCUCCGCGUGCCUGCCGCUCUUCUUUCUUCUUUUGCUCUGUGUCGCACCGACGUCCUCUUUCCUGAACCCGUUCAGCGAGUGCACGCAGAGCCGCGGGAGAGGCGCGUCAUACCGCGGCUCGGUGGACGUCACGGAGUCGGGCGCGCGGUGCAUGAACUGGAGCGAGGUGAGCGGCGUGACCGCGCGCUAUCCAGGCAAAGGACUCGGCGAGCACAACUUCUGCAGGAACCCGGAUGCCAGAAUCCGGCCCUGGUGCUUCUUCCUCAACGCGCGUGGACGCGUCGACUGGGGUUACUGCGAUUGUAAACAAGGCUCUGUGCGCCUGCAGGGUGGCAGGUCUAAGCUGGAUGGGACAGUAGAGGUGUACAUGAAUGGUGUGUGGGGGACGAUCUGUAGUAACGACUGGGACGACAGAGACGCUCAUGUAGUGUGUCGACAGCUUGGGCUAGGGUUUAAAGCGCGAGCACGUGUGAGCUCCCUGUCUAGGCUGCCUCUGGCUGUAGUACACUGGAGGACAAUCAGGUGCAGUGGGGGGGAAGUUGACUUACUGCAAUGCCCUCGAUCAGUUUGGAACGGAGGAGAGUGUGCUAACCAACAGGCUGCUGCUGUCACCUGCACUCCAGUAGAGGCAGUGUCAUUUGUGCCAGUGCGUCUUUCUGGAGGAGCGACUGCAUACGAAGGCCGAGUAGAAGUGUAUCAUGCAGGGCAGUGGGGCACAGUGUGUGAUGACCAGUGGGACAAUAAUGAUGCUGAGGUUGUGUGCAGACAGCUGAGCCUGGGUGGCACAGCUAAAGCCUGGGUCGGGGCGUAUUUUGGUGCCGGCGUGGGCCGUGUGCUGCUGGAUGAAGUAAGCUGUACAGGAAAUGAGCUCUCUAUAGAGCAGUGCCCGAAGACAGCGUGGGGAGAACACAACUGUGAUCACAGUGAGGACGCCGGAGUGUCCUGCACGCCGCUUACAGAUGGAUCGGUGCGCCUAGUGGGCGGAGCAGGAGGAUUUGAGGGAAGGCUGGAGGUUCAUUAUCAUGGCCGCUGGGGAACAGUGUGUGAUGAUGGCUGGACAAACACUAACACACAGGUUGUCUGCAGACAGCUGGGAUACAGGUCAGGGCAGAGUGCGAACCCGGAGCGCUUCGGCGUGCCGUUAGGGCCGAUUUUACUGGACGACGUGAGCUGCACGGGGAAAGAGCCGACCCUCACGCACUGCGCCAGGAAGGAGUGGCUUCGACACGACUGCAAACACACAGAGGACGUGGCUGUAGUCUGCAGCAGCCAACGUGUCGGGCAUGGAGUGCCUACUAGUGUACCAGUUCGACUGGUGGGCGGUGAGAACGAGAGUGAAGGUCGGGUCGAAAUUCUCUUGGCCGGCCAAUGGGGGACGAUCUGCGAUGACGGAUGGACGGACGAGGACGCAGAGGUGGUGUGUAGACAGCUGGGAUACAGCGGUGAAGCCAAAGCCCGUGUCAUGGCGUAUUUUGGAGAAGGACGCGGCCCUAUUCAUGUCGACAGCAUGAAGUGCACGGGGGCCGAGCGCUCCUUGGCCGACUGCAUCAAGCAGCCAAUAGGAAGCCACAACUGUCGCCAUAGCGAAGACGCCGGAGUCAUUUGUAACUACGGGCAACGGGACAACAGCACCCGGAUCAAAGAUGUUGCAAGUUCUGUGUGUGGUCUGAGGCCCACACACACUCGGAGGAAGAGGAUCAUCGGUGGACAGAACUCACUACGGGGCGGCUGGCCGUGGCAGGUUGCAGUGCGACUGCGUGGCUCUCAGUCAGACGGGCGACUUGUGUGUGGUGCCACUCUGAUCAGUAGCUGUUGGGUGCUGACAUCAGCACACUGUUUUAAGAGGUACGGUAAUGGCACAAGCACCUACAAAGUACGAGUCGGCGAUUAUCACACCCUAGUUCCCGAGGAACACGAGGACGAAUACGCCGUGGACAAAAUCGUCCUUCAUCCUCGCUAUCAUCCACAGGGCAACGACUACGACCUCGCUCUGGUGCGCCUGAUGCGGCACGGAGGUCACCGAGGUCACAGCGGAGAGUGCGUGCGCCAGAGUUACGCUGUACUUCCUGUGUGCUUGCCAGGAUGGAGGGAAAGAGCUCCGAAGGACUUGACUAAGUGCUACAUUACUGGCUGGGGAGACACGGGCCGUGCGUAUUCCAAAACCCUGCAGCAGGCAUCCAUCACGGUCCUAAGUAAGCGUCAUUGCGAGCGUCACUACGGCAACCAGCUAACCAGCCGCAUGCUCUGUGCUGGCUCGGCCCUCAGUGGUCGGCACGUGGACAGUUGCCGUGGUGACAGCGGUGGCCCGUUGGUGUGCGAGAGAGGUGCUAGCUGGAUUGUGUAUGGGGUCACAUCCUGGGGUCAUGCGUGCCGACUACAAGACUCUCCGGGGGUGUACACCAAAGUGUCCGCCUUCUUGCCUUGGAUCACGAAGGUCACUAACCAAUAGGAGACCAGACGAAUGACAAAGCACAGAGUCGUGGUGCUGGCUUAACAUGGUCAACAAGGGUAAUGAGUUAGAACUGUAGUAGCUGUCGUGUAUAAGACAAUGCGGUGGCGCUGUCUCAUGAGCACAGCAUCUUUGGGGUUUUUUUUUAAUCAGUUUUAGUGCUAGCAUUUAUAGAGACUGUAUGGAUUUGGUUAUAGGGACCACUAUGUAGGGGCACAGUUAACUACAGAGCAUGAAACAUAGAUUAGUUACUCAUGUUACGCACUACAGCUGGCAGUCCGAAAGAUGCUCUGCCGUCGCUAAGAAUCGGACAACAUAGCAACAGUGGUGACGCUGUUAACGCCUCCCUGAACAGAUGACAUCAUCUGGAGCGCUUGAGCCUGUGAUGAGAACAUCGAGUGGGAGGGAGACAUGCUUACAUCCGUGAGGAUUGACUCACACAAGCUCGAAGACAUUUGCACUAACUUCUCAGUGAACAUAAAAAAUAUAUAUACAUAGAUACAGUAUAUGUGUAUUAAAUCCAUCAACACCUUCUGACCAAUCAGUUUUAAGAAUUAUAAAACCGAUUGAAUUUUAGUAUGCGGCUCACUAAAAAGUACCAAAGAAAUAAAAUGUACCACAAACCAAUGGAAUAAAUAAUACAAUUAAAUCUCAACAAAACACACAUACACGGGAGCCUGACAAUCAGCUUUCAAGAUAAAAUAAAUAAAAAUAAUUUUUUUGUAUCACUCAAUUCAAUUCAAGUUCUUGUGGAAACAAAUCUAAACAAAUCGAUUUUGCUAAUACAAUUUGCAGAGUCACGGCCACUAAAAAAACUGUUAUACUACAUGGUGAGAAUGUAGGCUAUUACAACCUCAGUACGAUCAUAAUUAUAACAGACUAUGCGAACUGAAGAAUCCGCAGCGGUGGGAGGUUUUGCGGCUUUUGCUGUCAAAUGUAUUAGAAUGUAAAAAUGCAGCGAAAGAAACACAAUAGUUUUCUGGCAUACGGCCGGAGUAUUACUGCACGGAUCGUCCUAGUCUCACGUUAAUCAUCGCAAAACUGUUUUCAUUUAUAAACCUGGCUCAUUGGCUUCAAAAUUAUUUAUUUACUGAUAUUAUUAUUAAAGACGAGUGAACAUUGCUGAAGAAUUCACUCUAUAAUACUCUAACGCUAUAAAUGACUAGAAUAGAAUUGUUAAUUUUCAGAUAGUGAUGACUCAAAAAUCUAGUUAUAGCUAUAUACCGGAGUUUCUAACUGUAGAAGAUUCAAACUCUUGACGUUUAACCAAAAAUCAACUGGCAGCGUAUAUCAUAUGUCAAUAUCCUGAACUUUGAUUAAUAUGAGGAAUAAGAAAUUACUAUUUUUCAGUUCUUGUCCAUGUUAUGGACAUAUUUCCCACCUGUUUUCCUCAUGAAAAAGACAUUUCUCUGUUAAUAUUUACCUAAAUACAGUAUAUAAUUCCUUAUUGAAGCUAUAAUGUAACUUCCAUAAGGUACAUAAGUGUUAUAUAUGCUACAUGCUGUAAAGUCAGAUCUUAACAUUUGUGUUGUUGUUAAACAAAUUUCUUUUUACAAAAACAAACAGUUUUUACAAUCUUUAACACUAAUAACAGUAGUAAUGUCCAGAAUUACCUAAUUUUAUUCACAUUACACUUGCAUGUACAAACACCAUAUCUGGGGUUCAGUCUGUCAAAUUUCUUAAACAGACAAUGACCCAUACGGAAAAAACCUCACUUAAGAUGUUUACAUUUACUUUUUAAUUUACAAUUCAAUGUUAAUAUUCAUGUUAAUGAUUUUAUUCCAUUUAUCAAGUUGAUUCUCUGUUUUGUUACUUUACUAAGUUCACUGUAACAGUGUAUUGGUGCUAUUAAGAAUCUUCUGGAAGUCUUAUAUCGUAUUGGUGUAGUGCAAUAUGAAUAAACGGGGGGAAAAACAAACGAGAACAUAUUUAGCGGAUAGCUGACCAUUUCAGUUUUGUAGCAAUUUACACAUUUUUGGAUGAAAAGUGAAAUUAAAAAACGUUAAGUUUAGGUUAAAAUUCAGAAUUGUUGCAAACUCAAUGUUUUUCUUAACUCCACUUUUAAAUUAUUUUAUUUUUUACUUUUUUUUUACGAUUCAAAAUACGAUAAAAACUACAAUAAAAGAAUCUCAGAGUCCUUUGUUGCUCAGGCGGAGGUUAUGUAUGGCGCAUUGUAAAGAGUUUAAACUUCAAUAGCUGGAGUUCCUAACGAAGAUGUGAAACUUCCAAGGUUACAUUAAACUGACACAAACUCUGCUAACUUAUGUAGCUUUUUUUGAAAACUGUGAGAACACUUCGGCUGAAUUUUGUGAUCUUUGUGUUGAUAUUUUUAAUGUUUCCAUUGUGCUUUAAACCUUGCAUUUAUUCAAUUUAUACAAAAAGACUUCAUUCAGUUUUGUAAUAUUUUGUAUUCAUUAGAUAUUAUAAUUUGACUUGCUUGUAAUUCCUCAUUUUUUUUUUUUUUGGUAACAAAUAAAAUUUUACGAUCUAAAAAGAAAACAAAAAUAAAAUAAAAAAAUGUAAAAAAAAAUAUAUUUUCUGUGAUGUUUGGCUGUUACCAUCAAUAUUUUAACUUAGAAAAGUACAUGUUGUUUACCUGUAAACUUUUACUCUAAACAAUAUUUCUGAUUCAAUUAUAUACAAAUUUUUUUAAAACUUAACACUAUAUUAAUAUUUCCAGGUAAAUGAUACACGUUGAAAUCUUACAACAUUGAACUUUUAGGAAACCGUGUUUAACAGUUAGGGAAUACAUUUUUGUCGAAUUCUCAAUUCUGAUUGGUCGGAAUUUGUUGAUUCAUUUUCUUUAACAGAAUCAGAUCACAGACAUUUCCACUAUGAGUGUCUUGACAUGAUUCGAGAUUAAACAAAAGUUUUCUAUAAACGUUUAUGGAAGGAGUCUUCAGUAUCAGAAUACAUGGCUUUGGAAUGUAACAUUUUACUCUCUCACUCACUCAUUUUCUACAGCUUAUCCGAACUACCUCGGGUCACGGGGAGCCUGUGCCUAUCUUAGGCGUCAUCGGGCAUCAAGGCAGGAUACACCCUGGAUGGAGUUGUAACAUUUUACAUGUUGAUAAAAUUGCAUCCAUUUCAUUAAACGCUAAAAAUGAUAGUGACUCAUAUCAUUAGCUCAUUAUCGUAAGCGUAAAGUGUGACAGAGUACAGUAGCGAUCCAUCCCGCUGAUGAAUCAUUACAGUAAUUUAAAAUCUUUACUAGAGAUUUGUGAAAACUGGCUUUACAGAUACCGAAAUCAUAAUGUUUUCAAAAUGACAGCAAAAAGAAGAGACUGGAGAAUUGGUGUGUGUGUGUGUGUGUGUGUGUGUGUGUGUGAGAGAGAGAGAGAGAGAGACAGAGAGACAGAGAGAGAGAGAGAGAACGGUUUUAAACCUCAAGGGUUUUCUUAGGAAUGAGAAAUUCACUGAAUUCAACAUGCAUUGCCAAGCAAACCCAGCCAAACCUCGCUCAAGUGCAGUGUGUGAAUUUUUGGAGCUUCUUUUCUCCUCACUGUGCUUUGUAUCUCUGCUAACAGCAACUGCUAUGUCUGAAGAAAAAUCCUUGCUCACCAGCGUGACUGCAACGCCACCUGAUGGACAGACACAUCCAUUAGAACUUUUUUUUUGCCUUUUCAUAAAUAAAACGAAGGAUUAUUCAUCCAAAACACAUCAGUACUAAUGAAUAGAUGUUAAUGUGGUCUUUUAUUCUAGUUUUUUGUUAAAGCUCCAUCUAGCUAAUGGUCUAUAUGUGAAGAGAAGAACGUUGUGUGUUAGCAUUUAGGCCUUAAAAUCAUUUUAAAACAGCGUUCAGAAUGUAUUAAAUGAUAAACUAUUUGUGUGUAGUAUUUUACUCUGCUUAUACCACAACAAUUAUCUAACUGUGUAGCAACUUCCUGUUUUUGCUACACUACAGUAGUAGCUACAGCUGAACAAGCAUAAAAUAAUAAUAAUAAUAAUAAUAAUAAUAAUAAUAAUAAUAAUAAUAAUAAUAAUAAUAAUAAAAGUGUUCCAAACCACUAAAACUGGAGACUCCUUCCUCAUAGAAAACAACCAGGCCAACAAUUGUUUUUUUUCUUCUUUCCAGUACACAUUAGCUGUAUGUCACAUCACAUUAAAAAAUGUUUUGUUUAGUUCAUCAAGCUAUUCGUUUAGGUGCAGUGCUCAUGUUGUUACUAUAGAAACAAUAACAUUAUGACAAGGAAGUUUAUCAUCUUCGGAUCGAGUCAAAUUCAACAACGCUUCGAUCUACUGUAAUAGAUUUGGGAAGCAUUGUAGCUGAACAAGCAAGUGUGUUGAACAAACACAUAAAAUGACAAAUAUGACGGUGUUAUUAAAACAUAUUUCCAGUGUUUAAUACAUAUUUAUAAUAUAUUCUGUACAGAUUUCUAAAGCAGUUCUGCUCAAAUGAGGUGAAAAAAAAAAUAAAGAGCAGGUAACUUUCAGACACACACACACACACACACACACACACACACACACACACACACACACACACACACACACACACACACACACACACA